CUUUAAACUUUAUUUCCUGGUAAACUGGCACGAGUUCAAUCAACCAUAUCAACGCUAUGAAGACACUAUAUAUAUCGGCUCUUACAGUGCUGCUGCUGGCCAGCUAUAUCUUCCUAGUGGAAGGGCAGACCACCUCAGUAUCAGACGAUUUAUGGAGGGUGGUCACUUGCAAUAAUACUCAGUUACACUUGGCGAUUGAGACAAGAGGUUGUGAACUCACCUUAGUGGGUCGAGCCUGUGUCACUCGACUACAAGAGUUGUCAGUGAUCAAAGGAGUGUGCACUGCUUUGAGCGAUGGUGUCACCUACGAGUGUUUAGUGAACACCACCUACACUGAUCCUGUCUGUUGUCUAUUGUAUGAAGAGGGUAGUAGCAAACCAGUCUCCAACUCCUGCAUUCCAAUAGAUACAACCUCCACUGAAGGCACUGAAGCUACUACUGGACCAACAGACACUAGGACAGCCUCUACUGAACAACCCGAUCUGAACAAUACCUCACCAGUUUUGUUCACUCCAGAGCUCCCGCCCAUGGUCGAUGUGAAUGAUGAGUACAAUCAUCCAACAUGGAUUGCUGGAGUCAUCACUGUUUUCAUUGUGUUGGUGGCAUUUGUGGUAUUUGUGGUAGGGCUCAUCAUCUGGUGGUAUAGACGUAGAAGUAAACGUGAUGAUCAGCAGAAUCGAAGACACCGUGAUGGAGCUCCUAUGAAAAAUGGAACUGAUGGUGACGACAAAGUAAAGGAUGGCGGUGAGGAUAGCAGUAAGGUUGGUGAUGCUACAAAGGAUGAAACUAGUCCUGAACAAGUCAGUGUACCUAUGGAGGAGUUGCUGGUUACAGUAGUCACUCUUGUCUGUUACCGUGUGUUACUCUGUGUUUUAAUUAACUUGCCGGCUCAAGUUGAACCACAAGUACUUGUCACUACUACCGUCAGGAGACGUCAGCCCAUGCAACAACCUGUACCAGAAUCCACUAAAGUUGGAGAAGACACUGGAUGUCACUCUUCUAGGACGUUAUCUACAACAACAGCCUCACCCACAGAGCUGCCCACAGAGCAAGGCAGCUCAGUUAUACUAUUUAAGACACUCACGGAAAUUGAAUUUGAAUCAAUCGAACUAGAUUAUAGCCCCCAAGAGGAACCACCUCUCCCUGGAGGAGCUCCACUGGCCCCUGAAGAUAGCCCCCAAGAGGAACCACCUCUCCCUGGAGGAGCUCCACUGGCCCCUGAAGAUAGCCCCCAAGAGGAACCACCUCUCCCUAGAGCUCCACUGGCCCCUGAAGAUAUCCCCCAAGAGGUACGUGAUGUCAUACCUGAACCACCUCUCCCUGGAGGAGCUCCACUCUAUGAGUCUAAAGGUCAUACCCAAAAAUUUGGACUUUUGAUGACGCCUGUCGUGCAACGUCAUGUGCAGAAUACGACUCCAGAUGUCCAAGAGCCAGUAACCUGCCAACAGAAAGACAAGAUCGUGGAAGAAGAUGUGUCAAGUGUUAGCAGUGUGGCCCAGGAUCAACAGAGCUGCGUUGUAUCAGAUGGCCAGGAGACAUCACCAGUAGAGAAGGUCAGGAUGGGAGGGAACACCUCGAGUGCUGUACCUCAUACAGCACCAGUAGAGAAGGUCAGGAUGGGAGGGAACACCUCGAGUGCUGUACCUCAUACAGCACCAGUAGAGAAGGUCAGGAUAGGAGGGAACACCUCGAGUGCUGUACCUCGUGAGCAACAGAGCCGCUUCAAGACAGAUGACCAGACUUGUGGCUCUGUCUCCAGAAUAAAGAAGUUCCAGUUUGUCCCUGCUCUGUUUGGUGCUGUAGUUGUGGCCAUCACAUGCAUCCUGACUCUGGCCACGUGUGUCCACACAGACCCAGCUGCCGUUCUCCAUCCCACUCUGGCCGGGAAGUACCGAUGGCUUGAUAGAGGCUCGCCCUGGAUUGCCUGGAUUGGUGACCGCUACCUGUCUUAUCCCCACGAGGACAUGUUCCAUCCUCCUAACCAUCAACCAGCUUUAUACUGUGUUGUUACAGCGAUGACCCUCACCGUGACGAUGACCCUGACCCUGGCUACAUGCAUCCAACAUUAUCAGACUAGGCUCACCCAUUCUCCUCCCGCUGUGACCGCUGUGAACUAUUGGGCCUUCCCAGCAGCAGCAGGUGAUCAGAUGUAUGCCCGCCCCCUCACUACCCCUCGCCCUCAUCCACUGGAGCAUGCUGCAGGGCGUGUGCAUGGAUAAUCAGUACACUAGCUGACUCGUGUGUUAGCAUAGGAGUGUAAUUGAAUCUUGAUAUAUAAUUAUAGAACUUGGUAGAAGAAAAAACUAACUGUUAAGUUGUACACUUGUUAGUUAAGAAUAGACAGCUAUAUUUUUAUAAUUGUGACUAAUAUGCUAUCUAUAAUUUCGCAUCUUGAAAAACGUAAAAUGUUGCACCUCAUGAAAA